AUGGUAAACUUCCAGUCUGCCUCCUAUUCAAAAGCCUGCCCUGGGCUUGAACAGAUUAUCUAUCUCCAGAACACAGUCUGCCGAGGGGAAAACAUCCCCCUGGGAACCAGCACCAGAGGAGGUCUGGGGCUGGCCGGAUCGCUGCGGUUCGGGCGCUCCCGCCCGUUACCCUCCCGUGUCCCGCCCGUGUCCCGCCCGUGUCCCGCGCGUGUCCCGCCCGUGUCCCGGUUGCCCGUGAGUGACGCCGCGGGGGUUCCACGUUCGCUGUCCGCGCUCCCGGCGUUGGGGCACACGGGAACCGCCGCGGCUGCCGAGCGCAUCUCGCCUCUCGGUCCUGCGGAUCCCACAGCAGCUCCCCGAGGCUCGGCACAGCCUCCCGAGUGUGUGAGCCCAGCCCGAGCCAUGGUGCUGCCCGACCUGCACAGCGCGGCCGCCAGCGCCGACCUGGCCCUGCUGCGGCAGCGCUGGUGGCUGAACAAGCUCCGCAUCAAUGCCUACAACCGCGACAAGCAGACUCCUCUGCAUCUUGCUUGCAUAAAUGGUCAUGCAGAUGUUGUUCAGUUUCUGGUAGAAAAGAAGUGCAAGCUAAACCCUCGUGACAAAUUGAAUAAAUCACCACUAAUGAAGGCAGUAGAGCACCAGCACAGGGACUGUGCAGCUAUCCUGCUGGAGCACGGUGCCAACCCCAACCACAAAGGUGUGAGCGGGAACACUGCCCUUCAUCUCGCCGUCAUGGUUUCUAGCAAAUCCCUGGUGGAGCUGUUACUUGAGCACGGUGCAGAUAUUGAGGCUAAGAAUAAAUUGGGAUACACUCCGCUUGCUCUUGCAAUCACCGAAAAAUGUGAAGAAAUGGUGGAGUUCCUUCUUCAAAAAGGAGCUGAUGUGAAUGCUCAGGAUAAUGUUUUCAGGACCCCUCUUCAAAUUGCUACUGUUUCUGGGAAUAAGAAAGCAACAAAACUUCUUCUUCAGCAUGGUGCUGUUUUUUCUGUGUCAGACAAGGGACAAAAUUCCACCAAAGGGGUUCAAGAUGAUGUUAUUGCUAAGAAACAAAUUGGCAGCUCCUGCUAUGAGACAACUCCUAUCAUUCCCGUGGAAACAUCUUCCUUGGGAGAGUCAGAAGAAGCAGCAGAAAAGGAAGACAGUGGUCCAAUUGCAGACCGAAAUAAAGUGUUUGCUCAAAUUAUCACAGAACAGACCUACACAGACUACAAAGCAGAAGGACCAAAGAAAAAGGAAGACAAAUGCCGCCUCUGGAAUCCUGAGCCUAAUAGGGAAGUUCUAGAUAAAGCAGCAGCCCCUGUGCGUCGUCCUCCUGGAAUGUUUCCAGAGCCCUCUGUUGCCAAGGGGAGCAUCAAAGGGACCUGGAAAGCAGCAGGAGCAGCAAAAGAAGACAAUGGCUCCCUCUGCAAUCGUAAGCAUCUCAGUGGUCUCAUAGACAAAGUGAUUAACACCGUGCAGCGUCCUGUUGGAAAACUCAGCAGAGUGGGCACACGCUCUGCGGCUAAGGAGCGUGGAAAAGGGGUCUUGCAACCAUCAGGAGGAGCAGCAGAAGACACUGAUUCUUCCCUGGAUUCUGAGACUGAUCCUAAAAGUCAAGGGAGAGUGUGGACCAGUGUGUGGCUUUCUGCUGCAAACGGCAACAGGUUGGAUGCGCGCUCUGCCGCAGUGGGACGUGGCAAAGGUGUCUCGUCAGCAGCAUCAGUAGAAGCAGAAAAGGAAGAUGGUGAUCCCUCUUGGGGUUCUGAGGCUUUUUCGGAUAUUGCAGAGGAAGUGUUUGCCGGCAAGCGACGUCCUGCUGCAGACCGCAAAGCAGUGGGUGUGCGCUCUGCUGCAAUGGAGCGCAUCAAGGGGGUCUUGAGACAAGUAUGUAGAGAAAGGAUGAAGGAAAAGCGAGUCUUGCAGCCAGCACGGGAAGAAGCAAAAGAUGAAGACAAUGAUUCUUCUCUCUGGGAUUCUGAGGCUGAUUCUAAAGGUGAAGGGAAUAUGUCGGCUGCUUUCCAGCUUCCUGCUGCAAACACCAACAGGUUGAAUGCUUGCUCUGCUGCAGCGGAGCGCAUCAAAGAGGUCUUGAAACAAGCAGGUAGAGAAGGGAUGAAGGACAAGAGGGUCUUGCGGCGAGCAGGGAGAGAAGUAAAAGAUGAAGACAAUGAUUCUUCUCCCUGGGAUUCUGAGACUGAUUCUGUACGUGAACAGAAAAUCUCAGCUGCUGUCCAGCUUCCCGCUGCAAAGAGCAACAGAUUGGAUGCUGGCUCUGCUGAAGUGGAAUGUGGCAAAGGGGCUUUGAAACAAGCAUGUAGAGAAGGGAUGAAGGAAGAGAGAAUCUUGCAGCCAGCAGGGGGAGAAGCAAAAGAUGAAGACUAUGAUUCUGCCUGGGAUUCUGAGACUGAUUCUGAAGGUGAAGGGGAAAUAUCAGCUGCUGUCCAGCUUCCCGCUGCAAACAGCAACAGAUUGGAUACUGGCUCUGCUGAAGUGGAAUGUGACAAAGAGGUCUUCAAACAAGCAUGUAGAGAUGGGAUGAAGGAAGAGAAAAUCUUGCAGCCAGCAGGGGGAGAAGCAAAAGACGAAGACUAUGAUUCUCCCUGGGAUUCUGAGACUGAUUCUGAAGGUGAAGGGGAAAUGUCAGCUGCUGUUCAGCUUUCUGCUGCAAAGAGCAACAGGUUAGAUGCUGGUUCUGCUGCAGUGGAAUGUGGCAAAGGGGCCUUGAAACAAGCAUGUAGAGAAGGGAUGAAGGACAAGAGGGUCUUGCAACCAGCAGUGGGAGAAGCAAAAGAUGAAGACAAUGAUUCUUCUCCCUGGGAUUCUGAGACUGAUUCUGAAGGUGAAGGAAAAAUGUCAGCUGCUGUCCACCUUCCUCCUGCAAACAGCAACAGAUUGGAUGCUGGUUCUGCUGCAGUGGAAUGUGGCAAAGGGGCUUUGAAACAAGCAUGUACAGAAGGCAUGAAGGAAAAUGGAGUGUUGCAAUCAGCAAGGGGAGAAGCAAAAGACGAAGACAAGGAUUCUUCUCCCUGGGAUUCUGAGACUGAUUCUGAAGGUGAAGGGAAAAUAUCAGCUGCUGUCCACCUUCCUCCUGCAAACAGCAACAGAUUGGAUGCUGGUUCUGCUGCAGUGGAAUGUAGCAAAGGGGCCUUGAAACAAGCAUGUAGAGAAGGGAUGAAGGACAAGAGGGUCUUGCAACCAGCAGUGGGAGAAGCAAAAGAUGAAGACAAUGAUUCUUCUCCCUGGGAUUCUGAGACUGACUCUGAAGGUGGAGGGAAAAUAUCAGCUGCUGUCCAGCUUCCUCCUGCAAACAGUAAGAGAUUGGAUGCUGGUUCUGCUGCAGUGGAAUGUGGCAAAGGGGCCUUGAAACAGGCAUGUACAGAAGGGAUGAAGGACAAGAGGGUCUUGCAGCCAGCAGUGGGAGAAGCAAAAGACGAAGACAAUGAUUCUUCUCCCUGGGAUUCUGAGACUGACUCUGACGGUGCAGGGAAAAUAUCAGCUGCUGUCCACCUUCCUCCUGCAAACAGCAACAGAUUGAAUGCUGGUUCUGCUGCAGUGGAAUGUAGCAAAGGGGUCUUGAAACAAGCAUGUGGAGAAAGGAUGAAGGACAAGAGGGUCUUGCAGCCAGCAGGGGGAGAAGCAAAAGACGAAGACAAGGAUUCUUCUCCCUGGGAUUCUGAGACUGACUCUGAAGGUGGAGGGAAAAUAUCAGCUGCUGUCCAGCUUCCUCCUGCAAACAGUAAGAGAUUGAAUGCUGGUUCUGCUGCAGGGGAAUGUGGCAAAGGGGCCUUGAAACAGGCUUGUAGAGAAGGGAUGAAGGGCAAGAGGGUCUUGCAGCCAGCAGGGGGAGAAGCAAAAGACGAAGACAAGGACUCUUCUCCCUGGGAUUCUGAGACUGAUUCUGAAGGUGAAGGAAAAAUGUCAGCUGCUGUCCACCUUCCUCCUGCAAACAGCAACAGAUUGGAUGCUGGUUCUGCUGCAGUGGAAUGUAGCAAAGGGGUCCUGAAACAGGCAUGUAGAGAAGGGAAGAAGGAAGGGAGAGUCUUGCAGCCAGCAAGGGGAGAAGCAAAAGACGAAGACAAGGAUUCUUCUCCCUGGGAUUCUGAGACUGAUUUUGAAGGUGAAGAGAAAAUGUCAGCUGCUGUCCACCUUCCCGUUGCAAAGAGCAACAGAUUGGAUGCUGGCUCUGCUGCAGUGGAAUGUGGCAAAGGGGUCCUGAAACAAGCAUGUAGAGAAGGCAUGAAGGAAGGGAGAGUCUUGCAGCCAGCAGGGGGAGAAGCAAAAGAUGAAGACUAUGAUACUUCUCCCUGGGAUUCUGAGACUGAUUUUGAAGGUGAAGAGAAAAUGUCAGCUGCUGUCCAGCUUCCCGCUGCAAAGAGCCGCAGGUUGAAUGCUCGCUCUGCUGCAGGGGAGCACAUCACAGGGGCCUUGACACAAGUAUGUGGAGAAGGAAGGAAGGAAGAUGGACUCUUCCAGCCAGCAGGAGGGGAAGCAAAAGACGAAGACUAUGAUUCUCCCUGGGAUUCUGAGACUGAUUCUGAAGGUGAAGGGAAAAUGUCGGCCAAUGUACAUGUCCCUGCUGCACACCAGAAAAGAAUGGGCAUGAGCUCUGCUGCAGUGGAGCACAUAAAAGCUGUAGGAGCAGAACAGGAGGAACAUUUCAUCUCCUCUUCUGAGAAUAAGCUUCCUGCAUUACAGGAAGAACAACUUCAGCUAAAGGUUGAUUCUUCAACUCAAACAGAUUCUGCACGGGACAAACAGGGAGAAGACCUUCAGCUAAAGCUUGAUUCUUCAACUCAAACAGAUUCUGCACAGGACAAACAGGGAGAAGACCUUCAGCUAAAGGUUGAUUCUUCAACUCAAACAGAUUCUGCACAGGACAAACAGGGAGAAGACCUUCAGCUAAAGCUUGAUUCUUCAACUCAAACAGAUUCUGCACGGGACAAACAGGGAGAAGACCUUCAGCUAAAGCUUGAUUCUUCAACUCAAACAGUUUCUGCACAGGACAAACAGCUCAAGUACCUGAAAGAACCUAUUUACAAGUAUGAUUAUGAUGCUGUGAUGAAGUCCCUAGAGGAGAAGAAGGUACUAACAAUUGUGAAGAACAUGCAAAGCCGCCUGGCUGUUUUAAUAGAGUCUUCAGCUGCAGCUAUCCCCCAGCUGGAAGAGCGCAUUCGACGGCUCCAAAUUCAAUCUGCAAGGCUGGAAGCCACAAUCGAGCAACAAGCCAAGACAAUUGAAGCUUUAGAGAGAAUGAAGCAAGUCUCUUACCGCAGUAAGCUGCACAGAGCUUUCCCUGUUCGUGAUACACAGAGCCUAAUUCAUGACUCCUCUGUGGACGCCGGUUUUGACACUAUCAAAAACUGCUUGGAGUGAAGUUUGCAGAGUGAGCAAAUCCCCGAGGCUGGGUACCCUGCGGGAGUUUCCACCGUUUUGGAUGUCUGUUUAUAAAAGUUAGCAAUUGUGUUCUAGUGAUUAGUUACUGUUAUUUUUUGCCUGUUGCUGUUUCACUUAGCAAUAAAUUGUUAUCUGUUCACUC